GAAAAUAAUUCCUUUGUAAUUGCAUGGUUUUCGUUGAGAGAGGUAUUUAACCACAGUCCAGCCCAUAGGUCUCCGAGUAUGCGGAUCGAGUAUACCAAACCCCUUCUUUACACAUCUACAGACGUCAGACUCGAUAUCACUAACUUGACGCGCAAAUAUGAGCAUCGCCAAGCUCCCAGUUGAGCUUUUCGAGGCCAUCGCAGACCUGGUCGACUACGAAAGCGAGAUCAAUGCACUCGCCCGCACGAACAAGGAUCUGCGCGAGGUCUUGAACCGACGGCUCUAUAAGCACAAUGUGCGCCAUGGGGACAGCACGGCGCUAGCGUGGGGAAUCGCGCACCACUCCAUUGAAACCGUCAAGCUGAUUCUCGAAGCAGGCGCCUCCCCCCACGAAUGCGAUCGGCGCAUGGACUGGCGACCAAUGGCACUGGCGGUCUACGAGGGACAGGAGGAUAUUGUGCGACUCCUGUGCGAGCACGGGGUCGAUCUGCGUCAAGUCCGCGACUGGGUGAAUCCCCGUCACCAUGACUACUCGUCCUCCCCCGCGCAGACCAUGAGCCUCCUGGCGAUCGCGGCGAAACGCGGCCACGAGCCGCUGGUUCGCAUGCUCAUGGACUACCUGCCGCGGAAGGGCGAUGUCGAUUUCCCGGCCGACGGGCUGCGACGGACGCCGCUGAUCGGCGCCGCCGAGAUGGGCCAUCUCUCCGUGGUCCGCUGCCUGGUCGAUGCGGGCGCGAACCUCGAGGCUCGCGACAACGAUGACCAAACCCCCCUGGUUCAUGCGGCGAAAAAUGGCCGGCAUGAGGUGCUGGAGUUCCUCCUGAGUCGGGGGGCGGAUCCCAACGUCAGAUCUUUCAAUGGAGCCACGCCGCCCAUCUCCGAAGCUGCCCACCAUGGUCAUUUCGACCUGCCGAGUCUGGAGGAGACGAGUCACCCUCUUGUGUGCGCCACUAGAAGCAGGCACCCGGCUAUAGUUGAUCUCCUUCUGGCGCAGCCUCAGAGCUACGCGCAGCUCGGCACAAAUCUACGUGCGAUGCUGUGUGUUGCCGCUGCGCGGGGUGACCUCCCUGCUGUCCAGGGGUUUCUGGCAAACCCUGGUUGCCAUCCGAACUCUGUGAUCCAGUUCGUACAGGGUUCACUCAAUGGUUCCCUCACGGCUCUAUGUUUGGCGGCCGACCGAGGCCACACAGCGGUCGUGCAAAUGCUGCUUGAGCGUGGCGCUCUGCCAUCUAGAGAGGCGAUCCUAUGGCAGGAGAUGUCUGUCGUCCAUGACCCUGAGAUGAUCAUUCGGGGGCCACAUGUAAAUCAGGUGGUUAGACAGAAAGCACUUCUCCAAGCGAUUUAUGGGGGCUUCCAGCCCAUCGUUGAACUGUUACUUGAGGCAGGAGCCGAUCCGAACGAUGAAGACGUCUUCCAUGGAACUGGCAACCCUGCUCUUAUAGCGGCCAUGCCGUUCCAGGGGAUUUUCCAAUGCCUGCUGGACGCUGGGGCUAGCCCUGGCCGGAUGAAUGUGGAAGAGACGACGGUCGUAGCCGCGGUUUUGGGCUCAGGCCGGACUGCACUGGUGCAGAUGCUGCUGGACCGUGAAUUUGACUUGCCGCUGCUCAUGGGCCGUCGUACCAGCUUCAUUCACCAAGCCAUCGGAGGCGGUCGAGCGGUCUUUGAGCUUCUCCUGCAACAGCAACGAUGGGACGACCUGCUACUCCCGGAGAAUCUCACCAGCAUGGCCUGUGAGGAAGCUCUCAGCGUGGCGGCGACCACCGGCCGAGUGGAGAUGGUCCAGUUCCUGAUCGACCAGGGGUUUCACGCUCGUCUCCCCCGACCCCAACAGGUUGACAUCUUUUGCGUGGCGGCGAGAUCCAUGGACAGGCCUGACGCAGACCCAAGCGCCAUCGUCGAUCUUCUCCUCCGAUACGGCGAAGAUAUCAAUCAAAAGGUGGGGGGAUUCACGGCCCUGGAUAGAAUGGCGCUCCUGCGUGAUCUGCGCUGCGUGCGUCUGCUGCUCCGUUAUGGAGCCAACCCGUUGCCACACAGUGGCACCCGGCGGUCGCCGUUGCUUAAUGCUAGUAUGACGCAAAGCACGGAGGUGAUCGAGGCGCUUUUGCAGGCGAUCGACGCAAAUGGCACGCCUUCGGAAGUGGUCCGGCCUUACCUGGAAGCGGCGGCGGAAGCGGCGCGAGGCAUGGGGUACUUGCAGUGUGAGAAAACCUUGCGGCAGUGGUAUUACAGGAGGCUAUAUCCAGAUAAGUCUUAGAUCAUGGUGGUUAGAUUAGCUUAUAAAUAUGCAAAAAUUUAUUGAC